GCUGCCUUUGGCUCGCUUCGCUGUAUCUCGCUAUCCAUGCUUAAUAAUGUAUCUUUUAAAUCGAAGACGAAGAUGUGAUCACUAUUGAUCGGUUUUGAUCUUGUUGACAAAGAAGAUUUAGUUGUUGCUGUGCAAUAUAUACAAUCACAAUAAUACGCUAUUUAAUCGCCUGUCAGUUAAUAUUGAAUGAUUUGAAUAUUUAAUUUAAAUAUCUAUCUCCAUAGAUAUUUUUAUUCCGACGGAAUUUUAAUAUACCACAAUCGAUCGCUGCUCGCAAAGCUUAGUUUAUUUUAUUAUUUUAAAACCUACCUAUCUGGUGUGGAGUGUGAAGUGUGUUAAGUGGCAUUGAUUGAAGCAAGAAAACCUACUAGCUAUAAAAAGAUAAAUCUUAAUGCAUCCUAUAAUAAUAAGAAACAAAAAGUGCUAGUUCUACUAUAAUUUGUGUUUUUAUUUUGAUAGUUUUUUUUUAUUUGUCUAAAAAUUUGGUAAACAAAACAAAUAACAUGGUGCUCCGCAAAGUAGUGUCCCUGUGCUUGGUUGUUCUGUAUGCUGGAAUUCUAAUUAUAAGUCAAGUGGAAUCGUGCAAUGAAGUUGUUUGUGCGUCAAUUGUCUCCAAAUGCAUGUUAACUCAAAGUUGCAAAUGUGAACCGAAAAAUUGCUCCUGCUACAAAGAAUGCCUCAGUUGUUUAGGAAAGAAAUAUUAUGAGGAGUGCUGUAGUUGCGUUGAGCUUUGUCCGAAACCUAACGAAACACGAAACGCAUUGUCCAAGAAGUCUCACGUUGAAGAAUUUGACGGGGUUCCUGAACUUUUCAAUGCUUUAAUAACAUCUGAACCAGAAGAAUAUGAAUGGGACAUAGUCACAUUUCCGGUUGACUUUGAUACCGUUCUCGCGGGUCCUAAGUUGGAAAAGGACGUAAAAUACUACUUAAAAUCAAACGAACAGGAUUCGGAUGAAAUACUUAAGGAACGAGAUCAUAUGAUUACAGUGAACUGUAGCGUCAUCUACCUGUCUCCAUGUAUUUCAUGGAAUAAAUGUCGUCAAAGUUGUCAAAGCACUGGCGCCAGCAGCUAUAGAUGGUUCCAUGACGGCUGUUGUGAAUGCGUUGGUGCAACAUGCAUUAACUAUGGUAUAAACGAAAGUCGUUGCAGACGUUGUCCCGAAUCGAAGGAUGAUGGAGACGAUUUGGAUGAUAUUGAUGAGGAGUUACAAGACUUUGGUGAUGAAAUGGGGCCCUUCGAUGGAACUGUAAAUAAUCAGUUUUUAUAAAUCCCUGUAGAACAUUGUAAUUGUAGUGCCGUGUUUAAAAAUAAUUGAUUUAUAAGUUCUUAUUUAUAACUUUUGCCUUUAUUUAAGACGAUUUAAUUUAUCUACAUUUUGAAAAGAAACACCAACAGCUGUCUGCUGUCCCUUAUUACAAAUUAUUCUAUAUUUAUUUUUUGAUUUGAUUUUUUGAAUAUUUGCUAAAAUAAUUUAUAAAAUUGUAUGUGUGUUUGUACAGAGAUUUUUAAGCUGAUUUGAUUUAAAAUUAACCAAAUAGAGCUAACAUUCCAUUACAAAUAAAAAAAUCUUUAGUAGAAUGAG